UCCAUUCACGGCACACGUGUGAAGGUUCCACUCCGGCGGUGUUUACUCCAGCAUGGCUAAAGUUUCUAAGAAGAAAGAGAGUAAAAAGAGUGUAAAGAAGAGUCCCGCAGCGACCGCCGAGGACGCAGCGGAGAGGCCGGACGCGGUGUACGCUGAUGAUGACGAGGAUUUAAAUGAAGCGGAUGAAAAUAUCACGAGCGAGGAGGACGGCGGCGAGGAUGAACGAAAACGCCAAAAGCUACUGGAAGCCAUCUGCUCUCUCGAUGGUAAGAGGAAGAAAAAACUGGGAGAGAGGUCCGAGGCGGCCGUCCAGAUGUCCGAGUUUACUGUCAAUGCGGAGGGAGAGUGCGACAAAGUCGAUCUGUCGGACCUCAUCGGGACCAUGGAAAAAACCCCAGCUGUCCCAACCAAGACCAAGAAGCAGCUAAAGAAUCUGCAGCAGAGUAAGAAGACCAUUGAGUGCCCUCUCAGCAAGCAGGAGAGGGAGAGGAUCCAGAGAGAUGUGGCUUUUCAGAAGGCAGCCACAGAGGUGACCCGGUGGAGAGAGAUUAUCAAACAGAACCAGAGGGCUGAGCAGCUGGUUUUCCCCCUGAACCAGGAGCCCUCUGGCCCCAAACCUAUGGAGAGGGUGGUGACCAGCUGGAAGGUGCAAACCCCACUUGAGCAGGAGAUCUUCGCCCUCCUGUCUGCCAACAAGCAGCCCAUCAAUGACCCCAUCCUGACCCCUGCUGAGGAGGCUUCCAUGAGGGCGAUGAGCCUUGAUGAGGCAAAGAUCCGCCGAGCAGAGCUGCAGAAAGCACGGGCUCUGCAGUCCUACUACGAGGCUAAGGCCCGGAGAGAGAGAAAGAUCAAGAGCAAGAAAUACCACAAAGUGCACAACAAGACCAAGCGUAAAGAGUUCCUGAAGCAGUUUGACGAGAUGGUGAGGACAGACCCGGCUGCUGCCUUAGAGGAGCUGAAUAAAAUGGAGCUGGGCAGGAUGCAGGAGAGGAUGUCGCUGAAGCACCAGAACAGCGGCAAGUGGGCAAGGUCAAAGGCCAUCAUGGCCAAAUAUGAUGAGGGAGCACGCAAAGCCAUGCAGCAGCAGCUGGAGGUGAACAAAGAGCUGACCCAGAAGCUGGUGACCUCGCUGAAUAAUGAGGAAGAGGAGGAGAAGGAAGCUGGCGAUAAAGAGGUAUUGCCUGAUUUUGUAAAUGAUGCAGAGCAAGAACUGGAUUCUUCAAAUCCCUGGAUGAGAGGCAAGCUCUCUGAAGAUCCCACAGAGAAAGAGAUAAGUGACACUGUGGAUCUUACAGCAGAGCUGCCUGCAGUGGUGGAAAACCCAGCUGAAGAGGAGGAGGAGGAAGAGGUCAAGGAAACAGAAGAGGAUGCUCUCCUCAGAGAGUUUGACCGCAGGAGGAAGCUGCGUCAGACUCAGGAGGCUGAUGCAGUAUCUGUGAUGUCUGUGGAUGGCAAGGUGGAGAUGGUGGAUGAGGAAACAGCAGCAGAGGACCCAGAUGCUUCAGAUAAAGAGGAAGAGGAGCUUUCAGAGUUCACAAGCCUUUUCAGAGGAAUAGCAGACUGCCAUCGGGAGGCUGAAGUGAAGAAGGCAGAGGUAAUGGCAGACACGAGCCACACGGACGCUUCAGCUCAGCUGGAGGAGGGGUUGAUGAGGAUCAGGACUCUGGAGGACACAGAACUCCUCAGUCAGGAGAAGUCAGCCACUGAUAAAGUACCUGUUCAGCCCCAGCAGCCUCCAGCCUCAGAAAACCUGCUCUCUGCAACUUCACAGCCAGGCAAAAGCAGAAAAAGGAAGAGAGGGAUUGAGCUGAAAGAAGUUCUCACCAAAGAGACGAAAGUCAUCAAAGUCCCACUCGCUCCAAACAUUGAGGACACUGAGGACUUGGAUAAAAAGCUGGACCAGAGGGCACUCAUUAAAGAGGCGUUUGCUGGAGAUGAUGUUAUCUCAGACUUCCUUAAGGACAAGAGGAAGCAGGAGGAUGCAGGGAAGCCUGAGGUGGUGGACCUGACACUGCCUGGGUGGGGCGAGUGGGGAGGGACAGGCCUCAAGCAGUCUCGUAACAAACGCAGGAGAUUCAGGAUUAAGACAGCACCGCCUCCGCCCAGGAAAGAUCAACAUCUGCCCAGCGUCAUCAUCUCAGAGAAGAGAAACAGUUCCAUCAGCCCUCACCAGGUGAACUUGCUGCCCUUCCCCUUUGAGAGCCACGCGCAGUUUGAGAGCACCAUCCGCUCUCCGCUGGGCCGCACCUGGCUCACGGAACGCGCUGUGAAAAAGAUCACCACGCCCAAGGUAGUCACCCAGCUGGGUGCCAUCAUCGAGCCGAUGGCUCGGGAGGAGUUGAUUAAGGACAAGAAGCAGGUGUCUGCUGGGAAAAAAGAUAGCGUGGACUCGUGGAGAAUAAAACAUUAGCAACAAGUUUCAUAAAAACGAAAAAGUACCACAGGUUGUUAGUACUUCUCCACUGCUUAGAUACUUUGUAUACAUUCAGGUCUGUGUGAGUCUGCAUGGGAAGAUCAGGACAUUCUGUGUGAAUAAGUCAUGGAUUAGAGAGCUGAAAUUAUGUUUUACAAAUACUGUAACUUGUCUUUUCUGGAGCUUUCGAAAUGUUUUAUUUUGUAUUAAAAUCUAUUAAAUAUAGAAAGUCAACUAAGUAGUUAAGAAUUUUGAAUUAAAUUCCAUCUUUGCGGUUAAAGAUAUGGUUACAACCUUGUGAGUUGAAUUAUUAACAGCUAUUCUUCAUUUGCCCAAGAGUAAGAUGUAUUAAAGUGCACUAAAACAA